AGGGCCGUCCGCCAUAUUGCUCAAGCCGUCCCUGAUCAAAUUUCAAGUCAGCAAGUCUCUCCAACCACUACUCUGGUCUUUGUGUAAUCAAGAGAUCCGGUGAAGCCUUUCUCCAUCUGCAAACAUGCUUAAGGUGCCCAAACAUCAAGUUGCAGGACAUCAAGCCCUAAAUGGGAACCUUGGACCCCUUGUAGAUGAUUCUGGGCUCUUCUACAAGCCUUUCCAGGGUGGAGGCCGCGGGUCCCAUGAGGUUGCAUUCUAUACAUCCUUUUCUUCAAACCCUGACAUCCCAACUCACAUCUGCCGGUUCUUCCCUAAAUUUUAUGGCACCAAGCUACUGGAGGCGUCCGACGGCUCCGGCUUGCUGCCCCAUCUAGUCUUGGAAGAUCUCACCUUGGGUCUAUCCAGCCCGUCAAUAAUGGACAUAAAGAUCGGUUCGAGGACGUGGCCUCCGCAGGAAUCGGAGGACUACAUUCAGAAAUGCUUGAAAAAGGAUAGAGAAACAAGUAGCCUCACCUUAGGUUUCAGGCUGUCGGGGUUGCAAGUAUACGGCAGCAAAGAAACUGAGUAUUGGAAGCCCGAAAGGAAAUAUGUUCAGAAAUAUUCUGCGGAAGAAGUUAGGUUAGCUCUAAAGAAGUUUGUUUCUUCAAACAUUUCAGAUGGCAUGGAUUGGAAGCCAGAUUGCUCCUUUGCAUCAAUGGUUUAUGGUGGCUCCGGCGGGAUUUUGUCACAGUUGCUGGAGCUGAAAGCUUGGUUUGAGGAUCAGACCAUUUUCCAUUUCUAUUCUUGCUCAGUUCUUUUGAUGUACGAGGAGAAAGGAAAAAGCCCGGCUGUUAAGCUGAUUGAUUUCGCUCAUGUUGUGGAAGGCAGCGAUGGGAUAAUCGAUCACAAUUUUCUGGGGGGGCUUUGCUCCUUUAUAAAGUUCAUGUCUGAGAUUCUUACAGCAUCACCUGGUGAUCAUAGAAAUGAACUCGAAUCCUCCGUUUAAGGCAGAGUGCAUUGGCCAAUAGAAGAUUUUGGUAGCCAGUUGCUACUGGAUCACUGGAACAAUGCCGCAAGCAGCAUCCUAUCCUACAUUUUCCAUUUAAAUUAAUAAGAUUUUGAUGCUCUGAAUAAUGUAACUUCACAUUAAUGUUCUGCUUAUUCGAAUAUGAGAAAUUCCAAGUUCACAGUAAUCAGCCCAUACCACACACACAGACACACGCACAGAUGCAAUUUUCU